AUGUCUGCUACUACAGUAACUAUGCCUUCGAGCCAAAGGGAUCUUAGUAUGUCCAACAAAGAAGCUAUUAAAUUGAGUGCUACUGGUGCUACUACUAAAUUAUCACAACACGAAAUAAUACCCGCCAAAAGAGAUGUCGGUGCUUUAGCAAAUAGGAUAAAUUUAGAAACUAGAUCCUUGCAUGAUAAAGUUGAUAAAAUGGUUUCGCUUAAAAUGGCUAUUGCUUUGAGGAACUACAAAGUAUAUCGUCAGGGAUUACAAGCAUUUUAUCACAUUUUUGCCAGUAUAGAAAAAGCUUUAAAUUAUCAACUAGAACAAGAUUCAGAAUGGUCAGAUAUGUUGAGACAAGUUUGGAAACCAGAAAUUGCAAGAACUGCUAGAGCUGAACAAGAUCUUUUAUUUUUUUAUGAUGAUAAGAAGGAAAAAUUUACCAAUGCUAGAAUGCCGCAACAAAUUAAAUUUUCUAACCAUAUUGUUGAGGCAACUAAAGAAAAGCCAUACUUGUUAUUUGCAUACCUUCAUGUCAUGUACUUAGCCUUGUUUGCUGGUGGAAGGUUAAUGAGAUCUUCAUUUGCCAAAGCUACUGGGUUUUAUCCAAAAAAAGACGGGUUGAAACAUGAAGAUAUAAUUAAAAUGGGAUUCAAUUUUUUCAAUUUCGAUGUUACUGAUGAAAGUUUACUUAGAAUAAUUUACAAAAGAGAUUAUGAAUUGGUAACGAGGAAUGGAUUGACUGAAGAACAGAAAUUGGAAGUCAUCGAAGAAUCGAAAUACAUUUUUGAACAAAAUGCUCAAUGCUUGUCUGAAUUGGAAGCUUAUAAUAUGGAAAAGAUUCAUGGUACAUGGACUUAUAUCGCCUUAACUAAAGGUUAUUAUGCAUUGUAUACUAUUAUUGCUAUAAUAGUAUUGUUGUAUUUGCAAAGGUUUAUUAAAAACUUUGUAUGA